CACGGAAGUGGCCGCGGAUCGAACACCGAGGGGCACAUGUAGAACAAUAAUAAAUCCGUGUUUUCAGUUGAAUUAGCCUUUAUUUUUCACACGUGUUGGCGGAUUUCUCAAUGGAGACUGUUUACAUUUAUAUAAACCUUUAGUUCCGGUUGCUCAGUCUGUUGUAGCUGUAUGUUUUUUUGUUGAUUUUCAAGCGCUGUCUUUCUUUGUUUUGAUUCAAAGGAGCUCCAUGGAGUCACAUUAUUCACCGCUGAGAGUCAUCGGUGAAGGAUCGUUCGGCAGAGCUUUGUUGGUGCGGUGUAACAACAGUCGGCAGGAAUAUGUGCUCAAAGAAAUCCAGCUGCCAAAGAAUCAGAGUAAAUUGGAGAAUUCGAGGAGAGAAGCCGUCCUGCUGUCCACAAUGAAACAUCCCAAUAUCGUGGCCUUCAGGGAAGCAUUCGAGGCUGAUGACCUGCUGUGUAUUAUUAUGGAGUACUGCAGAGGAGGAGACCUGUUGCAGAGGAUCACGCAGCAGAAAACCACACAGUUUUGUGUUGAUGAUAUCUUGAGGUGGUUUUCUCAAAUGUGUGCAGGUGCAAAGCACAUCCACGAUAAGCGAGUUUUGCACCGAGACCUGAAGUCCAAGAACAUUUUCCUGACAGAUGACGGGACGAUUAAACUCGGGGACUUUGGCUCAGCGUGUGUUCUCAACAGCUCAAAGGCAUUCGCUCAUUCGUAUGUUGGGACUCCGUAUUACGUAGCUCCAGAAAUCUGGGACAAUAAGCCUUACAACAAUAAGAGCGACGUGUGGUCUUUGGGCUGCGUUCUCUACGAGCUCUGCACCCUGAGACACCCGUUCCAGGCUUCCAGCUGGAGGAGCCUGAUCUUUAAGGUGUGCCGGGGCGCGUACCCGCCGCUCCCCGACCACCUGCCCUACGAGCUGCGGUGUUUGAUCAAGCACAUGUUCAAGACCAACCCGAAGGACAGGCCGUCCCUGCACACCAUCCUGACCUCUCACCGGGUCUCCAGACUCCUGCGCUCACAUUUCCCCUCCCAGGUGACGGAGGAGGAGGAGGAGCGGGGGAGGAGGAUGAAGCACUGGGACAGAGGAGGAGGAGGGAAGGUGGCCGAGCUGCUGCGAGAGAAGAGUUUGAUGAAAACGACAACAUUGGAAGGUGUGGAGAUGACUGAAGGUCGCUGUGAAAGCAGAGAGCCCGGUCGUCGCAGACACUGGACGACUGAGCGUUCCGACUCUGUGCUGCAGGUGCUGGCAAACAAAAGCCUCCUCUCAUCGGACAGCGCGUCCUCUGUGACCGGCCGGACACUCAUGAGCUAUAAUCAUGAAAAACCAGAGGACGACGUGCAGAGGAGACGAUGGGACAAAGAUCCUCCUGAAAGACUCAUGAGUCUGUUAGAGAAGGUCCAGCUGAGCAGAGCCUUCAGCACCUUCUUAAUACACAAUGGGGACGACCCGCUGAAAGGACCCCUGUCUCAGCCUCAGGGCGACGACACGGAUGGCACCGAGGAGGAAGUGACCGCCGACGAGCAGCGACUGGAGCCGCGCUCUGAUGACGACGACACAGACUUUGAGGAAGAAUCUCCCUGUGACUGGAUCGAUGAAGUCGAACACAUGUUUGCGGAACAUUAAAACCCCUCGCGACACAGAACUGUGGAGGACUCAGUUGUGUUUACGCCGCCAUGUUGGCAGGAAAAACAACUGAACUGCCAAAAUGGAUGUUGCCAGUUUCAAGCCACCAGAGUUCACUGGACACUUUAAAUCAAGUAAUAUAGUGCAGAACUUGACAGAGUAAAUAUACAAUAUAUGGACAAAAGUAUUCAGACACCUGAACAACAACCUAUUAAUAAUGUAAUAACCUAUUCAAAUACAUAUACUGUAGAUGCUGUUGGUCCCUCUUUUGCAGCUACAACAGUUUCCACUCUUCUUGGACGACUUUCCUCAAGAUUUUAAAGUGUUUCAAUGGGAAUUUGUGCCCAUUCAUUCUAUAGAGCAUUUAUAAAGUCAGUAUCCACGAUCUCUGUUCCGGUUCAUCCCAAAGGUGCUCGAUGGAGUUGAGAUCAAGGCUCUGUGUGAGUCAGUCAAGUUAGGAUUAGGAAAAAAAGGACUUUCCUUAAACAGUUGUCCCAAAGUGUUAAGAUUGUCCUUCACUGGAGAUAAGGGACCAUAGAGACCAAAGCCUGAAGGACAGCCUCAUACCACCCUUACCUUACUUUUUGUCCACAUAAGCUACUUUUCCACCCACCUACAUUUCCAAGAACCUUUAUUACCAGGAACUUAUUAACUAUUUUUUGAAAAAGAGUCGCUAGAAUACUCGCUAAAUAUAGUGUCAAAGUUGCUAAGCUGGCAACACUGAAACAUCUGCUAAAUGUGUCCCACCAAUCAGCGUACUUCAGUGCACAGCCCCGCCCCUUUAGAGUUCGUGGUAAUCUGAAAAAGAUUGGCCUAUUCCAGACCUGGCGUAUUCCGACUUUCUUCUACUUUUCAUGGAAUGUCAGAAAACACUUACAUGUCACAAUAAAAAACAUGUUAAAUUAAGAUAUUUAAGUUAAUUAGUGUUGGAUAUGAAGUGUCAGUAGAUUCUCAUCACCUUAUGUUCUACACUUGUUUUCAUUUUAUUUAUACAAAUAAACACACAUCUCUGCUUUUUUACAUAAAACUUAAACGUGUUUGCCUCUUAAUGAAAACUAUAUGCAGAUAUGGCAAAAUAGUCCAAAAAAAGACCGUAGGAAAUAAAGUAAAUGGGAGAAAAGAA